ACGCAAACACACACAUAUCGCGCCCAUUUCUUUUUCACUUUUUGUCAUUUUCUCAUUGAAAGCCAUACUCACCGGACUCCAUCUACUCUCCUCUCCGGCCAUAUUUCUUCUUUCUCUCUCUUCAUCUCCGGCGAACAUGUAAAUAACCGUUUUUCAGCUCCUACAUAUAUUCUCUCUGUUGCUUCAGAUUUCGCAAACACAACAGAGUCGGUAGCAGUGCUUAUUAUUGGUCAAGUGGUCCGCAUCAGAUAAUGUUUAAAUAGGGAUCAAAUUAUACUAAGUUGGGGCUUCUAGACCUUCAUCAUCCACUCUGUUAUGCUUUCCUACUGCCAUUAUGCCAGUUGCUGUUAAGGAUCUACAGGAACAUGUUGCAAAAUCAACUCUCAAAGCCAAUAAGCAAGACACAUGCUUUGAAGAAAAGGGGUCAAUAAUAUGUACCAAACAAUCACAGACUAUUGAAAGUCUUCUUCCUGAUGAGGAAGAUCUCUUCUCUGGCGUACUUGAUGAAUUGGGUUGUACUGCUGACGAUGAAGAGUUUGAUCUGUUCAGCAGUAAUGGAGGCAUGGAAUUAGAAGUCAAUUCCAAGUUAUAUAUUAGUCAACAGAAUCUUUUGACCGCUGAAGGACUUAAUAGUGAUCAAAGCAGUUCAGACUAUUUAGUUUACAGUGAACACCCUUCCAGAACACUUCUUGUGAAAAAUGUGGAUAACAGAGUUGAGAAUUCAGAACUCAGGGCUCUUUUUGAGCAACAUGGACACAUACAAACUUUCUACACAGUUUGUAGAUGUCAAGGUUUUGUGAUAAUUUCCUAUUAUGACAUAAGAGCUGCUACUAUUGCGUUUAGCAAACUUCAAAACGUGCCAUUGGAAAAUGAGAAGCUUAACAUACGUUAUUUGAAUCCAAAGGAGAAUACCUCCAGCCUUGAGGUAUCCAUCUGUGAUCCCUCUAUAUCAAAUGACAAACUUCACCAAAUAUUUGGCAAUUUUGGAGAAAUUGAAGAAAUAUGUGGAACCAUACAUCAAAGACAUAUUAAAUUUUAUGAUAUUCGAGCUACAGAGGCAGCUAUCAAUGGAUUAAGUAGUAGUAAUAUGUUGCAAGGGAUCAAACUUCAAGUAAACCAUCCAGAAUGUGCAAAAAGCUUGAUGCAACAAUUUACUCAUGGGCUAAUGCAAGAUCAACUUAGGUCAUGUCAAAAUCCUAAUAGCAACUCGUUACCACAUGUGGUAAAUAGCUGCAUGAAGGAUGAGUAUAUCUAUGGUGGCUGUUUUACAAAUAGCUUUCCAUCUAUGGUUGGGAUGUCAUCUACUUAUAAUCAAUUUGGCCACAUGACUCAUUAUUCUACCGACCAAGCUUUCCAUCCCCAAUCAUUACCCAUCAACUGCAGAGGUCAUGUCACCUAUGACUCUUUAAACUCGGAAGCUGUCGGUUUUACACCAGAAACAAACAACAAGCAUCUUCAUAUGUUCGGUUCAUAUGGUCCGCCAUUUGAACACAUGUCUGGUUCAGCACUCAGGGGACAUCAUCAUGUGCUGAACGGUUCUAGCUCCUUCCAGAAUCGUCAACUAAAUCCUGUAAUCUGGUCAUACUCACCCCCGUUGAGUACUAACGGUGUUUCUGCUCAUACCGCUUCAAAUCCCAAGAAGUGCUCUUUUAGCAGGCCAAAGGGACGGGUGAGACGAACAUCCCAUGGAAGACAUGAAUCCGUUUCCUGCCAAACAGAUGAGAAACAGUUUGAACUUGAUAUUGAGCGUGUUUUGCGCGGGGAAGACUCACGCACGACAUUGAUGAUUAAAAAUAUUCCGAAUAAGUACAGUUCAGCGAUGCUAUUGGCUGUAAUCAAUGAACAUAAUCAAGGAACUUAUGAUUUUAUAUAUCUGCCUAUUGACUUCAAGAAUAAGUGCAAUAUGGGGUAUGCAUUUAUAAACAUGACUGAUCCACUUCAGAUAGUGCCAUUUUACAAGUCAUUUAAUGGCAAAAAAUGGGAAAAGUUCCAUAGUGGAAAAGUGGCAUCUCUUGCAUAUGCUAGAAUCCAGGGAAAAGCUGCCUUAAUCUCACACUUCCAAGAAUCAAGCUUGUUGAAUGAAGAUAAGUCUUGUCAUCCUAUUCUCUUUACCACAGAUGGCCCGAAUGCCGGAAGUCAGGAGCCUUUUCCCUUGGGUCCAAACAUUCAAUCAAGACGACACAAGAACCGGUCCAACACCCACAAAGUGAAUGCAAACCAAGAGAUGUUGUCAUCUUCCUUAACAAGGGAGUCUUAUUAUUACAUAAAGAACGUUGUCUGAAAUUUAAAUUUCAAAUGUGAACGAUAAGUCUUAAAUUAACCACCAAAUCACUACCCUUUGCAUACUUGAUAUUUAUAACUUCGAGUUUAUAAGAAGGCAUUUUGACUA